AGGCACCUUGAAAGGCACCGGGGCGGGCAGCCAGGCUCCUGCGCGUCCCUCGCCUGUUGCGCGGAGGGGAAUAAAUAGCCGGGCCGCGGGCGCAGCCGGAGGAGCCCUCUGCUCCAUGGAGCCCCACCACGUCACUUUGCGGAGAGGCGAGCACGUGGGGCGGGGAGACCUUAUAAAUCUCCCUCUCCCUGCGCGGCCGUGAUGUUAUCUGCUGGCACCGGUCCCCUCCUCGCCGGGAGAGCAGCGGGGCCGGGGGCGCCGGGCGGGGGGCGCCGGGCGGCGCGCUAGAUCCGCCGGGAGCGCCGCGGGCGGAGAGCGGGGGGAGGCCGCGGGCAGAGCGAGCCCGGGCGGCCGCGCCGAGCCGCGAUCCGCGGGAGGCUGCCGGCGCGGCGCUGCCUCCUCGACUGCGGCUCGGGGUUGGCUUUGCGGCAGGAGGAGGAAGAGGAGGGCGCUGGAAAGAGCCCCGCAGCGCGCAGCGGCCCGGGCGGGGGGGGUCGGUGCAUGCAGCGCGGGGCGCACGCCGCAGCCUGCGGGACGCGGCCGGCCGGGGCAUCGCCGCCGCUCGCUGCCGCCUGCCGCUGCGCCCGGCCGCGGGGGCCGGGGCUCCGCGCAUCCGGGCGCGCACGUGCGCGCCUCUCGCCGCGCCGCGCCGAGCCGAGCGCCGCCGCCGCGGGGGCUGAGCGCGGCGCGGCGCGGGGCGGUGCCCGCUGCCCGCCGGGAGCCGCCGGGCGCGGCGGGGCUCAGCGCCGCGCCGGCACCCGCUCCCCCGCCGGCUGCGGCAGCGCCCUUUAAUACCCAUCGCUGCUUUUUCUCCCCCCCUUCCCUUUUUUUUUGUGUUUUUUUUGUUUUUUUUUUUGUUUUCCACCCUGCGCCGCCAGCUCCCUGCGAACAGUCUCUUUUCGAUUCACUUGAGUUGCAGGUUUGUUUGGCCGUUUGGGGUUUUUUUCCUCCCCGUUUUGGCUGUCCCGCUCUCUCCACCCCCGACUUCUAGCUAGUUGUAGGAACUCGCCUCUUUUUUAUUGUUGUUGUUGUUUUUUUCACUGGCGACUCCCGUGCUUUUUUCGAUUGCAGGGCGUCCUUGCAGUCCGGUUUUUCUCUGCAUUUUGUCUGCAGAUCUUCCCUUUGUUUGCACACAUCCCCCUUUUUAUUUUUUUUAAUUUUGUUGUUGUUGUGCGUUGUUAAAGUCACUCUUUUUUGGGGGCGCUGUAUUUAAACACUUAAAAUGCACUGCUAUCUCCUGAGCGUGUUCCUCACCCUGGAUCUGGCCACCGUGGCUUUCAGCCUGUCUACCUGCAGCACCCUCGACAUGGAUCAGUUUAUGCGCAAGAGGAUCGAGGCGAUCCGGGGGCAGAUCUUGAGCAAACUGAAGCUCACCAGCCCCCCGGACGAGUACCCCGAGCCCGAGGAGGUGCCCCCGGAGGUCAUCUCCAUCUACAACAGCACCAGGGACCUGCUGCAAGAGAAAGCCAACCACAGAGCCGCCACUUGCGAAAGGGAGAGGAGCGACGAGGAGUAUUAUGCCAAAGAAGUUUACAAAAUAGACAUGCAGCCUUUUUACCCCGAAAAUGCCAUCCCACCAAGCUACUACAGCCUUUACUUCAGAAUCGUAAGAUUUGAUGUCUCAGCGAUGGAGAAAAAUGCUUCCAACUUGGUGAAGGCAGAGUUUAGAGUCUUUCGAUUGCAGAACUCAAAGGCGCGGGUAUCAGAACAACGGAUAGAACUGUAUCAGGUUCUAAAAUCCAAAGAAUUAUCAUCACCAGGACAGCGCUACAUUGACAGCAAAGUAGUUAAAACAAGAGCUGAAGGAGAAUGGUUAUCUUUUGAUGUCACUGAGGCUGUACACGAAUGGCUUCAUCACAGAGACAGGAACCUUGGAUUUAAGAUAAGUUUACAUUGUCCAUGCUGCACCUUCGUGCCUUCCAAUAAUUAUAUCAUCCCAAAUAAAAGUGAGGAGCUUGAAGCAAGAUUUGCAGGUAUUGAUGACUACACAUAUUCCAGUGGUGAUGUGAAAGCUUUAAAGUCCAAUAGGAAAAAAUACAGUGGGAAGACCCCACAUCUUCUGCUAAUGUUAUUACCCUCCUACAGACUUGAGUCGCAACAGCCCAGUCGGCGGAAGAAGCGUGCUCUAGAUGCUGCCUAUUGUUUUAGGAAUGUGCAGGAUAAUUGCUGCCUGCGUCCACUUUAUAUUGACUUCAAGAGGGAUCUUGGCUGGAAAUGGAUUCAUGAACCUAAAGGGUAUCAUGCUAAUUUCUGUGCAGGAGCUUGCCCAUAUUUAUGGAGCUCAGAUACUCAGCACAGCAGAGUACUCAGCUUGUAUAACACCAUAAAUCCCGAAGCGUCUGCCUCUCCGUGCUGUGUGUCCCAGGAUUUAGAGCCCCUCACCAUCCUGUACUACAUUGGCAAAACGCCCAAAAUUGAACAGCUGUCCAACAUGAUCGUAAAGUCUUGCAAAUGCAGCUAAAGAAUACCCCCGAAACAGCGUGGCGUGUGUGUAUUAAAAAAAAAUUACCAAGGAAAAAAGAAAGAGAGAGAGAGGGAAAGAAAGAAAAAUGAAAACCCAGGUUCAUCAGUGUUAAAAAAAAAAAAAAAAAAAAAAAAAGAAGAAAAAAGCGGUACUAGUCUGAACUGUUUGAAAGUUUGUUUUGUUUUUUUUUUAAACUGGCAUCUGAAGCAAAACAUUGAAGGCCUUUAUCCUACAUUUCACCUACACAUAGUGUGAGAUAGACAAGAAGCAAAGUUAAAGGAAAAAAAAAAACCUUUUAAAAAAUAAACACUGGAAGAAAUUUGUUAGUGUUACUAUGUGAAAGGAAAAAAACAGGAAAAUCCCAUGAAGUGGAGUUGCUGUAUCUGUCCCGUGCCUUACUUGAUCUCUCUGUAUUGUUACGCAAUAGGCAUCCUACCCAUUCCUCUUAGUUUUAGAGUUAACAGUGCAUUAUUUAUUUGUGUGUAAAAACUAUCAAACGAACAUUUCCAUAUCACCAUUGGAAAACAGAAAACCAGCAAAUGUGGAUAAAGUGGAGACCAAAUAAGCUGCCAGAAGUACAUAUAAAGCCUAAAGGAACUCAAGCUCAAAAGAUUCUGAAAAGUAAUGGCUAGUUUAGUUCAAUUAAAAUAGAAUUCAGUUAUUACAUUAUUGAGAAACUCUGCCUUUAAAAUACCUUAUUUUUCAUGCCAGCUGCCUAGGGAGGCUUCUUGUAAGGUCUCAAACCCUUGUUUUAAAUACUGAAUAACUUACUAAUAAAGGACACUCUGUUUCAGUCUCAAAGACAAGUCAAUAAGAUUUUUUUUACUGUAAAUGAUUUUUAAAAUGUCAGUUUAGUAAACCAGUGAAAUAUUUAACAUGUACUGGUCUAAUCUUCAGACCUUAAUAUGUUGCUGUAUAGCUAUGCUAUGGGAUUUUUUGUUCUUUUGGUAUAUGUAACCAUACCUAGAGUAUUACAAUAGGUGGGUAGUAAAAGUAAAAGCCAGCUUAAUUGGAAACAUAUCUGUAGAUCUCUAUUUGUAAACUAUUAAAAAAUUAAGUACUUUAUGUGUAAUGUGUAAAUUUUCACCAUAUUUUUGUAAUCUGUAAUACUGUCAGCUCUCAUGAGUUUGAAUUUGAAUUUGGGGCUCUUUUUGAUCACUCAGAAUCGUGUGUUUCCCUCUAGCUGGCCAGUAUGAGUAGAGUCCCUAUAUUUUGACUUGCACUACAAAUACAUGUUUUAUAAUAAUUGCUAUACAUGUGCUUUGUAUAUUGUUCAUCAUUAUGACAUAAGCUACCUGACUCCAUUUGUUUUUUGUUUUAUAAAAAGGAUGGAUUAAAACGAUCUCUCCUUCCCUCGCUCCUAAUUCAUCCCCAUUUGUAACAUUUGAAUUGCAGUGUGAUUCAGACUUCUACACCUUUUUUUUUUUUUUUUUUUUUGGCUAUAGACAUUUAAACAGAUGGACAGGGAGCAAGAUUUUUUGAGAAAAGAUGCCUCAGCCUGACUGAGGUGAGGCAAACCCUUACAGAGAAUGACAUUCACCACUGUGCAGGAGGCUGGGACGAAGCGGAUGCCUCAGCACUGCCCUCAGAGCAGGGCUCGAGUGGGAACGUUAUCCACGCAAAGGCCUCACGUUGGCCUGUCACACAGCAGGGACUUUCACCUGCAGUUAGGCUGUAGGACUGAUCCUGCUCCUAUUGCAGUUAAGAGGUUUGCCUUUAACUUCUCUAAGGGCAUGGCAGGCCCCUGGAGGCUAUCGGUGCAUGUAAGCAGUUACAGGAUCGGCCCCUUGAUUUUGUGAGCUUUGUCAGAUUUUUUUUUAAUUGAGUUUGCACAAAAAUCUUUACUGUUUUUUUUUUAAAGGAAAAAGAAACAGGUUCCUAGGAUCUUGUUGUUCUCGUACAUGUUUAAAAAUAUCUGCAUCAUCCAUUUCAUUUAAAAAAAAUCCCCAAACUAAAUUAGCAAAAAAAUCCUGAAGAGGAAGUGUUCAGUUCAUUUCACAUGAUGAAUGGUUUUGCGUGGCAAAGCUCGAAAACUGUGCUAGAAACAAACUACUUGGAUGAGAAGGACAUUUUCUGUCACUGACCUAGAUGGUAUCAGGAAGACGUUCCUGGGCUUUAUGUUGUUAGCUCCAGUUUUAAGAAGUGCAAUUUCUUUAACUUCAGCAGAACACUGAUAUAAAGCUGAAGUACCACAGUGGCUUGCAUGCGUUGCUCCUCUGGACUUCAGGAGAGCAUAUGCUUACUGCCUAGAUGGAAAUGUAGCCCCACAGAUGAUCUAAUCCCACGCAUUGACUCAGUGCAGAGGAGGAGAUAUGUUAGAGUUUUGAUGUAUUUAGUGAGUUAAGAUUAACAAGUGAAAAAUCUGUCCUGCUAACACUUGUGUGAGCCAGAUUUACUCCAAUGAGAAGAUGCACUGAACUCAGUGAAACUCCUCAGGGUAGUAAAUACUCUGGAUUUUGCUGUAUACAGCAGCAAAAGUAGUUUUAUCAGGUUCAGUAUGAGAAGUGUGUUUUUGUUGGGCAGGAAAGGGAGCAAGAAUGAACACAUUUUAAAAAACUUAAAAACAUUUUUGCAAUUCUCUACCAUGCGAAUGCAGCUCAGAGCCAGUUUUGAAGCUUGCUGUUUUGAAAAAGUGGAAUACAAGAUACCGUGGUUGUCCAACUAUACUCACUAUGCGCUGGACGCAGCUGAAAAUUUCGGUUUGGGUUUGGAGUUUUUGUUCUCUGAAUCUAAGUAUUAAACCUUAUUCCUUCAAGUCAUUACCCCAGAAUCAGAUAUAUUUUUGUUUUUACUUUUUUUCCUCAGAAAUGCACUGAUAGUAUUUGAAAUACUCUAUUAUGAAACUCCUACAACUUGGUGGGUGGGGGGCAUUAUUAGACAUAUAUUUCCCUUUAGUUAUCAAGGAUGUUAGGCCUGAUCCUACAACGUGCAGAACUCCUGGAUGAAAUUCCCCUCUACAGAGGGGGAUAUUGUGAGGCCUAAGCACCCCUCAGAUGCGAUGUAAAUCCCCCCGAAUGAUGUUUAGAUGGGACUUCAACAGCUCAAAGACCUUGUACCAGAGGCUUUCUUAUGAAGAGGUAAUUACCACUGUCUCUCAGCAAAGUCACUGAGACCUGGUGGUACCCAACAUUUGGCAGGAAAUGUUCAGCCCCUUGAAAAAUCAGACCUGAAGGGGUUGGGUAGGGCUGAGGGGGAAUCUUAGCACUUAGCAGAGUGGGUUAGGACAGCAUUUUUUUGUGUGUUUAACAACAAUAUAAUUGUAUGGUUGGCAUGGUUUAAAGGAAAAAAGAACAUAAGGACAGCUGUGUUGUACUUUGGUGAUCGAUUACUCUGUAUUUUAACACAUUGUAUGUCUGUUUUUGUGGUGCUCUAGUGGUAAAUAAAUUAUUUCAAUUAUA